AUGGGCGUGCAGAAUGGCAUGUGGUCUUUCAAGGGGCCUUACGGAGGGCUUGAUUUGAUUAUCAUUCGUGGUUACCCACCCACCCAUGUGGCACGGCACCCAUUCUUUGCAGGCGCUAUUCUGAAGGCAUGUGGCAGAGAGAUGGGCGUGCCAGAUGGCAUGUGGUAUCCUGGCGCACCGUGUAACGCUGACUCGACGUGGCUUACGUGCGACCCUGAUGGCACUGUCAACGGCAUUGUCAUCCGCGAUAAGGGCAUCUCAGGAUCCAUCUGCUCCAAUAUAGGGCUCCUCACUACGCUGGUGAAGAUUGACAUGGCCAACAACUCGCUAUCAGGCUCGCUUCCCACCAGCCUUGGCAACCUUGCAAGACUGGCCGUCUUUAACCUUCAAAAGAACCGCUUGAGUGGAUACUUUCCCCCCACGCUCUCUCGCCUUGCCAGCCUGCAAAUGUUUGAUGUGAACACCAACAACCUGUCUGGGCCCCUCUAUUACCCCGUUGGAACUCUUUCAAACAUCAAGCUUAUCAACGUUGCCCGCAACAACUUCAGCGGAUCGCUUCCCACCUCCAUCUACACCCUCACCAGCCUGCAAGAGAUGGACGUCUCAGAGAAUUCUCUCGGGGGCUCCCUGCCUGUCUCUUCCAGCGCCCUUAGCGGCUUGCAAAUGCUCAACCUGGUCAACAACCGCUUCUCUGGCGAGUUACCAUCCUCUCUCGGCAAUCUCACGAGCCUCACUCGCAUGGAGCUAGGGAGGAACUCUUUCACGGGGUCUCUGCCAACUUCUCUUGGGAAACUCACUGCUCUCAUCAACCUCGGGCUACAGGGCAACAUGCUAGGAGGCUCCCUACCCUCACAGCUGGGAGCACUAAUCAGCCUGAACACGCUGGACGUGUCCAACAAUCAGCUCCGGGGCGCAAUUCCCCCCACCAUUGGGAACCUCUCUGCUCUCACUGACCUCAAAAUAGGGGGCACAGGCAUCACAUGCCCGUCAGCAGCAGGCCGGCCGCCAUGCGGUGUGUGGCAGGACCCCUCCUCUCUCUUCUGCCAGACCUGCCCCGCCUUCUGCGUCAACUGCUCCACUGCCGCCCUGCCGCCCAAGCCAGCAGCUCCCACCAGCCCACCCGCCGCCCCUUCUCCUCCCCCUGCUGCUGAAUCAUCCGCGCCCACCUCUCGCCAAGGCUUCAUUGUCGGAGUCGCUGUGGGGGUAGCGGCGCUGCUGCUGCUGGGAGCUCUUGGAAUCUAUCUCUGGUUCCGAUGCUCCUCCAAAGGCAAGCCCGAGGCCCCUCCCAUCCCCAGCCAGGGAGAGUUGACGCUGCAGCAGCGCAUGGAUGUGCUGGUGGGGGUGGCGCGGGGGUUGGAGUACCUCCACCAGUUUGACAUCGUGCAUCGAGACAUCAAGCCCGCCAACGUGCUGCUCGAUGCCAAAAUGCAGGCAAAGAUAUCGGACUUCGGGCUGGUGCGGAUAACGGAGGGCACCACAGUGAAUCCCACCCGAGUGGUCGGCACUCCGGGCUAUGUGGACCCCGCUUACUCGCGCACCAACAAGGCCACGCCCAUGGCAGAUGUUCACAGCUACGGUGUGCUGUUAUUGGAGGUGAUAACGCUGAAGCCAGUCAUCCUCUCUAUGAAUGGCGCUCAAUACAACAUCAAAGACUGGGUUCGCCCGUUUGUGGAGGAGAGCAGGGUGGCAGCAUUCAAGGACCCCCUCCUUCCGGAAGCUUGUGACGAUCUCAUUCUCUCGCUCGCCAAGAUCGGCCUCCAAUGCACCACCCUCCCCGCCUCCUCCCGACCCCCCAUGUCCGAAGUUUCCCGCAAGCUCGAAACCCUAAAAAGGGAGCAUUUUCACAGCAGCGGCAUGGACGGCCGAGAUCCGUCGGACGUGGACCAACGACUGGCUAAGAUUGAUCAGGAGCUUGACAGGCGGGCGGAAUCAGGAUUGUCGAUCCAAGCGGAGUUUGUUCGGCUGAAUAUUAUGUCGGAAAGUGGGGAGUAUAUUAAGGAGACUGGGAUUUCUGUUGCUACUGGUGGUUACUCCAACCGGUCUUCAGGGGUGCUGCUGCAGUCUCAGGAGAUUUCCCAGGAGUUCUGUCAGGAGAUUCCCAGUGGCAGGUACAAAAACUGA